GUGUGUGUGUGUGAACAGGGCGAGGCUCGUCUUAAAACUCUCUCGUGUUUCUCUGGCGUUCAGUUUGUGUCUUCAUCUGUCUCAGGUCACAAACCAGCAGCAUGAAUCUGGAAGACGCUCUGGGCGGUUGGCCCUCUGGUGGCAACAACCAACCACAAGGUGGAGCCUGGCCUGGACAACCUGGUCAGCCCACUAACCCCACCUGGCCCGGUCAGCCCGCCCAGCCCACCUGGCCUGGUCAGCCCGGUCAGCCCGCCCAGCCCACCUGGCCUGGUCAGCCUGGUCAGCCCGCCCAGCCCACCUGGCCAGGUCAGCCUGGUCAGCCCGCCCAGCCCACCUGGCCAGGUCAGCCCGGUCAGCCCACCCAGCCCGCUUGGCCCGGACAGCCCGGUAGCCCACCCAGCCCACCCAGCCCUCCUGGCUGGCCCGGACAGCCCGGACAGCCCGGACAGCCCGGACCUAUUGUUGGACCUGGUUUUGGACCGGUACCCUCUGCCCCCGGAAAGAAUAUGGCGGUCCCGUACAGCCAGACUCUGCCUAACGGGAUUUUUGACAAACUGCUCAUCACCAUCGUUGGAACCAUCAAAACCAACCCUGACAAGAUCACAGUGGAUCUGUCCACACAUCAAGACCUGGCCUUCCACUUUAACCCUCGCUUCAAUGAAAAUGGCAGGAAGGUGAUCGUCAGGAACAGCUGCCUCGGCAAGAAGUGGGGUAAAGAGGAGAGAGACCUCUCAGGGAACUUCCCCUUUGCCCCGGGGCAGCAAUUCGAGAUGAAGAUCAUGUGCACCAACAAAGAGUUUAAGGUCGCCGUCAACAACCAUCACCUGUUGACGUUUCACCAUCGGAUCAGCAACCUGAGAUCCAUCAACAAACUCAGCAUCCACAACGACCUCAACCUGUCCGAUGUCCGCAUGGAGAGUAUGCCCUGAGGAAGGUCACCAGAUCCAGCACAGAUCUACUAGUGAUCCACUGGAGAUCUACUGUGAGUCCACCAGAAAUCUGUUGGGGAUUCACCAGAGAUCUACUGUAGAUCCACCAUAGAUCUGUUGGGGAUUCACCAGAGAUCUACUGUGGAUCCACCAGAGAUCUGUUGGGGAUUCACCAGAGAUCUACUGUGGAUCCACCAGAGAUCUGUUGGGGAUUCACCAGAGAUCUACUGUGGAUCCACCAGAGAUCUGUUGGGGAUUCACCAGAGAUCUACUGUGGAUCCACCAUAGAUCUGUUGGGGAUUCACCAGAGAUCUACUGUGGAUUCACCAGAUAUCUACUUGAGAUCUUUUGAAGAUCUACUGGUGAUGAACCACAGAUCUACCUGAGGUCCUCAGUAGAUCCUCAGUUAAUCCAAAAUGUAUCUUUGAUAAAUCUAUAGGUGAUUCUUGGUAACGUAAACAUAAAAUGUUUUUUGAUACAUAAACAUCCCUAGAAGUUUUUCAUUGGAUCCGCCUGUACUAGUUUUUUCUGUUUGACUCAUAUAAAUAAAGUUUUC